GUAUUGUGGCUCUGAGAUUCUCUGAGUGUGUGCAAGCGAGCAGAAGAGGACCUGACAGAGACCAGCCGUUGUGGUUGAGGGGGUGAGGAGCUCGCGCUGGCAGCUGGACAGCAGGAACGUGGACACAACUGCACACAAUGUCAAAACAGCCGUCGUCCAACGUCAAAGCCCUGCAGGCCAACCUUAAUAUCCCGAUGGGGGCUCUGCGUCCUGGAGCGGGACAUCCUGUGAAGAGGAGAGAAGAUACAGUAGAAACAGAAGAGGUGUCUCCAGUCACUCCAGAAGAGAAGAAGCCUCUGCCUGGAGCUGUGAAACUCCCUGGUCCCGCUGUCAACCUCUCCGAACUCCAAAAUGUAAAGAGUGAACUCAGAUGGGUCACCAAAGACUAAAUUGGCUCAGGUGACUCCUGCCCCAUUUUAUCCAAGGCUUUGCUUACAAUCUCCAUCCAAUCAGAUUCAUGUAUUCACCACAAACUCCUGGUCACAAUGGAAUUAAUGAGAAGCCUUAAUGAUGACACUUCCAACUGAUUGAGGAUGAGGAGAGGGGGCGGAUUAUGUCGGAGCAAAGACUGAUGUGAAUUGAGCAAUUCGAAUCUCUGAACCAGGGUUUAGUGUGUCUAAAAUAGGUCAUCGUGUUUAAACCUUCCUGUAUCUUGUUUUUGUGCUUUAAAAUGUACCAUGUGCUCAACUUUAAGGGAUGGUUCACCUUAAAAUGAUAAUCUUCGUGAGUAAACUCUUCCUUCAAGAUAGGUUUUUUAGAAGCUCUGUGUUCUGAAACUAGCAUCAUAAAAAAGAUUACACAAGACUGAAGGCAUUUCUAAAAAUUCCUCAAUUCUCCUUGAAAAAGACCAGAUUGUGACUUCUCAACAAGAUCUCGAACAAAUUUGACAGCAUAAAAUACAUUUAAUUCCAAUACAUUUAACAUCUAGAUUGAUUAAUAUGCAAACGCUUGAGAUAAAUUUGAUUAAUUAGCUGGAAUGUCAUGCAUUUAAUUUGAUUAAUUUUCAUCCGCGCCCCAUGCUUCAGGCUUGUCUUGCUCCCUACACAUCUUUUAUAUUCUUUAUCUACGGCUUUGUUCUUGUGUGUUGCAGUACAUGAGUAGGCUGUUGCAUAAUAAAACAUGAUUUCACAUUCUCUCCAAGAGCAAAAUCGUAGGAGGAAGCCAGCACUUGUUAUCCUUGAACAAAUAGAACUGGAUUUCAAACGGCGCACCAUCAGUUUGUUAUGUACAUAAACUGGGAUCAGUUUAAAAGGGUAAGGCUGCUCAUCUCCUUGCCUAAAUCACAUCAUAUGGUCUGUACUGCUCUGUGAUAUAGUUUACUAGCAGCAGUCGGUGUCAAGACCUUUGGGUGAAAGUGUCCUUAUUUAAAUAUUGUGUAUUGCUUCUUCAGGUAACACUUUUGUUUGGUAUUUGACUCCAGAAAUAGCAAUAGCGGACUAACGGACGUUAAGUGCACAAGUUCUUCACAAACUACUGACCCGGCAAGCCUAAUGCAGCUUUUUAGUCAUUAUUGUGAAUGAGGAUGGUAAAGAUGUUAAAAGGGAUACAGCUGAGGAAACAUAGCAUCAUUUUUGUUACCCUGCACAACAAUAUUUAAUAUUUUUACAUUACUGUGUGAGGUAGGUUUAGGGUAGAAGUGGGGGUAAAUGUUAAUUAAAUACCAUUAUUAGGUAAUUUAAUAAAUAAUGUGUUCUUGUUAACGUCCAGCCACCGCUGCAUCCCUUCUAACAACAACCAAUUGGGGAUCUGUUGUCUGAUCAACUUAAAAAAACUAAGCAUAAUGGAGAAACUUUUCUAUUUUGAAGUACAUAAUUGUUGUAUAAAUGUACCCUUACUGUAGCUCAGAGUCAGUCUGCAAUAAAGGAACACUCCCAAUAUGUUUUACAAGUCACCUAGAGUCAAACAGUUGAGUUUUACCACCUUUUAAUCCAUUUGAAAUCUUUAUUUUUACUCAUUUUAAACGAGAUGCUGAACCCAUGCAAUAAUAUAUGCUAAGCUAAGCUAAAAGUGCUCCUGCCAGACCUGAAGAUCGCCUGGAUGGGAGAAAAAAUGGUAAAAUAUCAACUGCUUUACUUUAGGUGACUUGUAAAAUGAGAUUUGCAAAAAAAAAAAGUUGAAUGUUCCUUUAAGAGUGACCAGUUAAAAUCUGGGGAACACGUUUAUGUGUAAAGAAGAUAAAUUGUGUCUGCUUAUGAAUUUCUUUCAUGUGUGAGGCUCUUUUUUCUGUAAGGUUCCUUUGAAACAAUGUGUAUUAUGAAAAGUUCUAUAUAAAUACAAAUGUCUGAUUGGAUUUGGGAUCAUGUUUUGUGAAAUCACCACUGAAAUGACCUACACGUAGUUGGCAAAAGUGAAAAGACAAGUGACCUACAAGUCUUGAGUGUACAUGAAAAAAGUUUGUUGCACCUCAUGAUAUUGCCUGGAUUUGUGUGCAGAGCAGUAAUCUACGCAGGUAGUGGUAACAUAAAUUGAAAAAAAAAAA